AGCUAACGCUGCCGGUCGAGCUAGCUUAAUCUGAGCUAGCGAGCUAACAUUAGCACGAGGCUAGUUUGACUCCUGAUGUGACUCUGCAAAUACAUGUGUGUCAUAAACUGGUUUAUAGUGGUCUGUGUGGGUUAGCGAGGUGUAUGUGCCGCGUUUACGUUUAAUAGAGUAAGAAAUAGACUGCCAGUACGAGCUGGCUGCUAGAGGUUGCUUCGUAAGAACACAGCUAUGUCCUGGAGUAUGGCGCCCCGCUUGCAGCUGGAGAAAGCGGCUUGGCGUUGGGUGGAAACGGUGAAACCAGAAGAAAUCAGACAGGAGCAUAUCGAGCUAGCAUAUCGUGUCAAUCUCCCGGCCUGCAAGAGAGGAGCCUGCAGAAGGAACUGCAAAGGAAACCCGAAUUGUCUUGUUGGUAUUGGUGAGCAGGCGUGGCUCGGGGAGAUCGAUGAAAAUGCUUUCCAUAAUAUUGAUGACCCAAAUUCAGAACGUCGAGACAAGAACACAUUUGUUGGUCUAACCAACCUAGGUGCAACAUGCUACGUCAACACAUUCCUGCAAGUGUGGUUCCACAACCUGGAGCUGCGGAGGAGCCUCUAUCAGUGCCACAAUUCCCGAGCCCAGGAACACAACUCUGACUCGGAUUAUGAGCCUCAGUCCAUCUGUGAGCAUCUGCAGUAUCUGUUUGCACUCCUGCAGAACAGCAAUAGAAAGUACAUCGACCCUUCAGGGCUGGUCAAAGCACUGGGCCUGGACACAGGACAGCAGCAGGAUGCCCAGGAGUUUUCAAAGCUUUUUAUGUCUCUACUGGAGGACACACUGUCCAAACAGAAGAGCCCCAGCCUGCAGAACGUCAUCCAGCAGCAGUUCUGUGGACAGUUCUCCUACGUCACUGUCUGUAACCAGUGUGGGCGAUCUUCUGCACUGCUGUCUCGAUUUUAUGAACUGGAGCUGAACAUCCAGGGCCACAAGAACCUCAACGAGUGUGUCACAGAGUUUCUGAAGGAGGAGAAGCUGGACGGGGAGAACCGCUACUUCUGUGAGAGCUGUCAGAGUAAACAGAACGCCACCCGAAGGAUCAAACUGCACAGCCUCCCUCCAACUCUCAACCUGCAGCUCAUGCGCUUCGUCUUUGACAGACAAACAGGCCACAAGAAGAAGCUCAACACCUUUAUCAGUUUUCCAGAGCAGCUGGACAUGGGGCCUUUCAUGGAGGGAAAACAAGACCAGAAGUUCGUCUACGAGCUGAGUGCGGUGCUCAUCCAUCGGGGCAUCAGUGCGUACUCUGGCCACUACAUCGCACAUGUGAAAGACGCUCGCACGGGCGACUGGUACAAAUUCAAUGACGAGGAAAUCGAGAAGAUGGAAGGAAAGAAGCUGCAGCUCGGCAUUGAGGAAGACAUCGCUGAGACAGUAAAAUCCCAAACACGAAAGCCAAAGUGCAGUAAAGGCUACCACUGCUCCAGAAACGCCUACAUGUUGGUGUAUAAAGUCCAAGAGGAGGAGGGCUCCGAUCCCCCGAUGACCAAUGUCGAGGUUCCAACCUUCCUUCAGAGGUUGGUGGACCAAGACAACCAUAAAUUUGAGGAGUGGUGCUGUGAGAUGUCUGACAUGAGAAAGCAGAGCGUGGAUAAGGGCAAAGCCAAACACGAGGAGGUCAAGGAGCUGUACGAGCUUCUGCCUGCAAGAGAUGGUGAGCCGUAUGAGUUUGUCCCCCUCGAAUGGUUGAAGAAGUGGCUGGACGACUCCACUGCCACAAAAGAAAUCGACACCACCCUCUUCUUGUGUUCUCACGGCAAACUUCACCCGGACAAGGUGGCUGACUCCAAGAGGGUUUCCAUGAAAGCUGCUCAGCUCCUCUACGAGCGCUACGGUGGAGGGCCGAGACUGGACGACUCUUCUCUGUGCAGAGAGUGCGUUAGUCAGAGGUGCAGAGUGCUGCGGCUGAAGAAUCAACUCAAUGAAGACUUCAAAGAAGUCUCUAACCUGGUCAAACGAACACUCAGUGAUGAGGGGUACUGGGUGGGUAAAGCGUCCCUGCGUAGCUGGAGGCAGUUGGCUUUGGAUCAGCUGGAGGAGGAUGAGCAGGAAACCAAACACAGUAACGGACAGACCAACGGACAGGGACCACACACCAACAACAGCAAAGAGUACAGCCAGGAGCUCUCAGAGGGCACCGAGGAUGAGAUGAAGACUUUCAACGAGGACAUAGUCUGCUGUCAUGGGGGUUUGAGUAUCCUGGAGACGGAACGUAAGCUGGUGUCGUCUGAAGUUUGGACUAAGCUGAGGGAAUACUUCCCCAAAGCCCCAGAAUUCACCAAGAUCCAGGAGUCCUGUCAGCAAUGCGUGACAUUAGAGCAGGAGGAAAAGGACAACGAGGCUGUCAGUAAGAUGAUGGCCCUGGACCAGAAGAACCAACUUCUCAACCUCUUCCAUGAAAAGAACCGGCCUGUGCUCACCAAAUGGCCUCAGGGCACAGAUGUACUUUACAUUGUUCCUCUUUUCUUUGUUGACGAGUGGAGGAAAUUCAUCAGGAGACCAACCAAAUGCUCUCCAGUGUCUAAUGUAGGAAACACUCUGCUGCUCUGUCCUCAUGGAGGUUUCAUGUUCACCUACGACUCGCUGAUCAAUGGAGAUGCACAACAUAUAGCUCUGCUUUGGCCUGGCGAAUGGGAAGUGAUCAGCAGGCUCUUCAUCGUGGACCAGCCGAUCUCCAUCCACUGCUUCAACCAGACCACACCCAGCGGCCCCUCCACUCAGUACACCACUCAGCCUGAUCUAUGUUGGGAGUGCAGAGAGAGCUUCCUUUUCCAGCAGCAGAGAGACCUUAGAGAGUACACACAGGCAACUAUCUACAUCCGCAAAGUCAUCGAAGAUAAGAGGAUGAUAAAGGAGGCAGCUCCGGAGAUGAACGCCAGCAGCUCUGAGGCAGAGGAAGAGAGGGAUGACCAUCUGAAGAUGGAUGGAGAGAGAGAUCCAGACUUCAGCCAGUCAGAAGAUGGAACAAAGCGACUAAAGCUGAGUGACGGCAGUGCAGCAUCAACGGCCACUCCUCCAACCACAAGCUUGACCAAACUGGGAGGAAUCAGGAGAAGCACCCGGCACAGGAAGCUCAGAGGAGAGAAAGCACUGAUAGUCUCAGCCAAUCAAACACUGAAAGAGCUGAAAAUACAGAUUAUGCACGCCUUCUCUGUGGCUCCGUUUGACCAGAAUCUCUCUAUCGAUGGAAAAAGUCUGACGGACGACUCGGCCACGCUGGGCAGUCUGGGCGUCAUCCCUGAAAGCAUCAUCUGUCUAAAGGCUGAUGAGCCGAUCGCAGACUACGCUGCAAUGGAUGAUGUUUAUCAAGUGAGAAUGCCUGAGGAGGGAUUCAAAGGAACGGGGCUUCUGGGGCACUGAGGAAAGCAGUCUGUAGCAAUGCUUGAAUUUGACAGAUGUUGGAUGGGAAUUUUAAAAAAGCUUGAAUUUGUCAAGUGUCCAUAUAUAAAUAAGUGCUUUAUCUUUUUUUUUUACGUUUCGAGUAGGCUUUCUUUAAUAAAAACUGUGACUCUGUUGCAAAGCCGCUGUUUUCUCUCCGUACGGUGAGCUGGCCUUUGAUAUUUAAACUUCCUAAUCAUUCUGAAGGACUGCGCGGUCGUGGUUCAGCCUGACUCAUGGAAACGGGCUGUAAGCAAAGUGGGUCAGAUAUUAACUGAGGACUGCCUUCAGUUACAAGUAACUCAAGAAGUUCUGCUUUGUUUUUGACUCUUUUAAAUUAUGACAGAAGAAAAAUUCAUGUCUUUCCAUCUUGUGGAAGCUUUUGUUCUCUCUGCACAGAUUUCAGGUUUGUCAAAAGAAUGCACGAGUAACUAUAUUACAGAUAUAACUGCUCUUAAAUGUUAGAACAUUUAUUACCUCUACAGCAAGUCUAUAUCCAUAUACUCCCUGUGGCAUUUAGAGAUACAUAGCUACACAGUAUGUACAAAGGCUUAUUUCUGCAGGAGCUUCAGCAGUGCAAACCUCGAGAGUUGGAAGUGAGAAACAGAACGCACACGGUGGUAUGUCCUGUUCUUUUCACUGUUAUUUCUUAUGGACAAUAAAGUUAUUUUCAAAGCAGCCUGA